UGCUCGUAGCGUGGCGAGCGGAGUAUAGGCGCGCCGUGGUCGACGCAGCAGACGAUCAGCAAACAGCGACCGCACGACACGCGUAAUAACAGUGCUGCGAGCACACAGCGCGCGAGCAUACACCCGGCACAUCUAUACGUAUAUAUUACACGCGCGCACACACGCGCGCACACACGCACGCACACACACACACACACAUAUUUGUAUGUAUAUGUAUAAGCUGUGUACGCGCGCGGAGUCAUGCCCGAGAGAUGCAUCUAGAGCUGCUUCGCAUACCUAACAACGGGAAGCUGUGCAGACGACAGCGGAGGACGGUCUGCUCGCCGCUCACCUCCGUCAGAUAGCAGCCGAGCGAGAGAAGGAAAGAAAGAGAAGAAAAGAAAGCAAGAGAGCGAAGGAGAGAAGGGAUGCGCGAAUUGCUGACGGAUGUCCUUCACGAUCGUAGUGUUGUCAUCGGAUAAUAUCGGGAAACACUCGUCACGUAUAUAAAUCGCUUAUCAUUCGACGUCAGAGCCGGGGAGAGACAGAAAAGAACAUAGCCAGACAGAACAACAGACAGAACAACAGACAGACAAACCGACAGACGGACCUCGAGAGAAAGAUAGAAAAAGAGCGAAAAGGAGAAGCUAACAGACUGAGAAGGGCGUAGCAUUGCCGCCAGUGGACCGACGAUGCUACAUCUCGUACAGAACGCGAUGAGCAGUGCUCCGCCGACCGGUCACCAUCAGCAGCACAUGCUCAUGCAGAACCCCAUGGACGCGUCGCCACCGGCGCAGCGCGACGUGUUCGCCGGCUACACGAACGGAUACCAUGGCUACCACAGCGACGUCGUCAGCACGUCCGUGCCCGUGUCGACGACUUAUCCGCCCGCCGACGACGUAGAGCCGACGAAGCAACUGCAGAACGCACCGACGCUAGAGUUUGAUGGCAUGGCCGUGCUGUGUCAGGUAUGUGGAGACAAGGCCAGUGGAUUUCACUACGGGGUACAUUCGUGCGAAGGUUGUAAGGGUUUCUUCAGGAGGAGCAUUCAGCAGAAGAUCCAGUACAAGCCCUGCACGAAGAACCAGCAAUGCUCGAUCCUCCGCAUCAACCGUAAUCGCUGCCAGUACUGCCGCCUGAAGAAAUGCAUUGCUGUCGGCAUGAGCCGAGAUGCGGUGAGAUUCGGCCGAGUACCGAAGCGGGAGAAGCAGAAGAUAAUGGCGGAGAUGCAGAGAGUGAACGCGCAGUCGCAGGCCAGCGCGCUCAUUGUGCAGAUAGAGGAUGAAAGGAAGCUGUCGAACACCAUCAUCCAGGCCCACCUAGAGACGUGUGAAUACACAAAGGAGAGGGCCUCGUCUGUGCUGCAGCAGGCGCGCUGGAACCCCGGCAUGUACGCGCAGUGUCCCACGCAGAUGGCCUGCCCACUGAAUCCCAACCCUUCGGGAAGCCAAUCUCCGGACAACGACCAGAUGCUGGACAGCUUCUCGGAGCGGUUUACUCCGGCUAUCCGAGGCGUGGUCGAGUUUGCCAAGCGGAUUCCAGGAUUCAACAUCCUUUGUCAGGACGACCAGGUCACGCUACUAAAGGCGGGAGUGUUUGAGGUGCUGCUUGUGAGGUUGGCCUGCAUGUUCGACUCGCAGACGAACACGAUGCUCUUCAUCAACGGACAGGUGUUUCGGCGGGAGACGCUGCAGCAGAAGGGCAACUCUGCCUUCCUCAUCAACUCCAUGUUCGACUUUGCGAAGCGGUUAAACUCUCUGCAUUUGACGAACUCGGAGAUCGGACUCUUCUGCGCCAUUGUGCUCAUCGCUCCUGAUCGACCGGGCAUCAGGAAUACGGAGCUCGUGGAGAAGCUACAGGAUAAGGUGAUCCAGGGCCUGCAGGCGACGAUGAAGCACAAUCAUCCGGACGGUCCGUCGCUGUUCGCGCGCCUCAUCAUGAAGGUACCCGACCUGCGCACGCUCAACACGCUGCACAGCGAAAAGCUGCUCGCACUCAAGAUGGCGCCCAGCUCAGACCCGCCGACGCGCGCCGAGAUUCGCAGCAACACCGACCGUCUGUUCGGCACGCUCGCCGUCGGCGGUCUCAACCAGUUCAACGCCAUGCAGCAGGCGCAGGGCGGCCGAGGUCAGUGGCCGCAGGCGCGCGUCGCUUCGCCUGGGGGCGCCACUCCCGCGUUGGCGCCGCCGUUGCCGUCCAUACAGCGCAUGUGGGACGUGCAGCCGCCGUCGAUCGUCGUCGGGCACGGCGGCCAGAAGCCCGACUCGCUGAGCCCGCACUCGACGGCCAGCGACGGCUCACAGGUGAGUCCCAGCUCGCUGGCGACGAUGCGCGAGUUUGAGAUGCUGCGCAGCCGACGCGACCACGACUCGACCGACAUCUCGUCGGACCGCUCGUCCGAGGGCCGCUCGCCGAAGCGGCACGACGACGCCGACAUGUCGGACGCCGCCUCCGACCGGCAGGCCGACGCCAUGGACGUCGGCUCGGUGGCAAGCAGCAACGGCGCCAUCAAACACACGGACUCCGACGGAUCCGAGUCGCCGAAGAGCGCCAAGUCGGCGACGGGCGGCAGCAGCAGCGGCGGCGGCGGUGGUGCCCCCUACAAGUCGUACAAGAAGUUUCUGGCGGAUCGAGCGACGAUCGAUGCGGUUGAGGGGCAGCGCAGUGCCGUCAUGCAGCCCGUGGCUACCCGCCUCAGCCCGCCCUACACCUACCUGCAACUGUCGCAGCAAUAUGACAGCCUGCCUCCACGUGACCCUGACCCCUCGCGACCUCCCAUCUCCGACCCGGCCUCCCACCUGCCGAGGGUAGAUAGCGCCACCACCAUCUCGGUGACGAGCAUGCCGCGGAUGGCGACCAGUCUGCCCAGCAUGGCGAGCAUGGUACUGCCGACGAGAUGCCUCAAUAAUGCUCCCCAGGGGUCGCCGAGGAGCGGCCUGCACCCUGCCGCAACGCUGCCACCGGUGAUUUCCUCAAAUGGCCUAUUUGCGCGACCCGUCUACUCUCAGACGACGUCGCAGACGCCCGUCGGUGACGCCUACACUUCGCACUACUCGGCGUUUCGUUCGCCGGCUCCCCAGCAGGGGGCGUACCACCACAUGCCACAGCCGGCGCACGAUCGCUGCGAGCCGCUGAACCUCAGUCUACACAAGGCGGCGAUGGACCUGGAAGCCGCCGGUGCCGCCAUGAUGGCCCCCAGUACGCCCGCCUCACACGGCAUCAAGCUAGAGUACGCGACGAGUUAAUGCAGCGUUCUCGCGUGGCAGGGGAGGAGAAAACUCCGAGACUGGAGGAUGACGGCUGGUUGGGGGGAGUUAACUGGAGACAAGCGGAUCAGUUUGUUCGCUCUACAGCGGAUACGAAUUAACAAGUACGAGAUUGAGAGUGGGAUCCUCUAAACAUAGCUAACCUGAUCCGAUACAGCCGCAGUAACCUCAUACGCAAGCACUACUGCGACGGGUCGCCAAUUAUUACAGCUUACUCGGUCAGUAGUAAUGGCACAGCGUUAUAGGGUAGAACUGGCUGCGAAUGAGAGCAGGCUGGCACAGAUAUGUAUGCCUCCUUCACUGUAACUACCUGCGACUGGCAUUGCUGCUCUAGUACACGCGUGCACGCAUUUGUUAUGGGUCAUGUAUUUUUGGUAUGUAAACAGGAAUUAAAACGAAAUUGUAUAACUUCACCGCCUAUAAGUGCAGUAAUGAGGGUCUUAAUAUAACUAAAUAUAGCUGUUCUACAACCGAUAGCCUUGUGUUUUAAUGUGGCCUAUAUUAUAGACGUACGAGAUAGAGCUUCCGUUCGUUCAUAGAUGUUGUACUGUACAAGGAGCUUUCCGGGAUGGUCUAUCUGUAUAUAGAAGUGUUUUAUGUCUUUACUACAUUGAUAGAGUCGUUGGGUCGUUAAAAUAGCCUCGUUGUUAUUUUUAUAUUAUAUAUAUAGUGUUAUAUUUGUUGUUAUUUGAAUAAUAAUUAUAUACAUAUUAUGUCUCUGAUGCGCCCGCUUUCCCAAUGGGCGAGCAACGGCGGGAGAAGUUUGUGAUACCGAUUGCCCUCAAUGUUGAAUUAGAGCGUUCGAUUUUGUUCCACCAGAUUGCAUUUAUGUGAAGCAGAGGCGCAAAUUGCAGGCUAGUUAGAUUCGACGUUAUACCUAUAGACGUGAGCAAGUGUAGCCGAAUCGCGGCUCACCACGUACCCCCGAUGUUAGCUUUCGAGGCUAGGUAAGUUGGUGACGGAUGUACUAGUUAGGAGGCCGCAUGGAGCUAACGGAACUGGUAUAAACAUAAACAGAUCUCCUACAUUAUAUAUGGUGCAGAUUUGUUCAUGGUCGGUUGGUGUUAAUGUGUGUUGGCGGUUCCAAACAGACGUUCACUUCGCAGAACUUAGUAUCAUGUCGGUAAAGCAAACGCUGACGCAUGCGCCGUCUGCAUCUUUAUAGUUUUGUAUAUUAUUAUAGUUUGUAACUCUAUAUAGUUUGUACAUUCUUAUAGUUCGUAACUCUAUAGUUUGUACAUUCUUAUAGUUUGUAACUCUAUAGUUUGUACUUCUAUAGUUUGUAACCCUAUUGUUUGUAUUUCUAUAGUUUGUAAAUCUAUAGUUCGUAUAUCUAUAGUUUGUAAUUCUAUACUUUGUAUUUUCAAAGUACCCGAGUGCACUCACGUCUGACCAAUAGAGAGCGGUGUGUGUGUGUGUGUAAUGAGUUGGGGCAGGUGAUCUACUGGCGGCCGAUAGAAACGGUCUUAUGCCACAGAUCGUAACUCUGCAGUGGUAGGGAGUAAGAGAGAAUGUAUCGCCUGUGUAGCAGCCAGCGAAUCAAGUUUUAGUUGCACGACUAUAUACACAUGGAAAGAACUGAAGUCCGUAGAUCAUAAGUAAAAGCUAGAUUUAGUUUUACUCUAACCGAGUUGAUCGAUCUGCUAGGUUUGAUUGGCGUCCGGCACGUGUGCUGCUGUACUCGUUCUUAUCCGUGCAGUUACGGUAGUUAUACAGAUCGUGCAGGUAUAAUAUACUGCACGAAAUAUAGCCGUAAAGAUAGAGAGCGAUUGCAAGUUCUUCAAUGGAUUUAUAUCCUACUUAUGUGCAUCGGCUUGAUGCUUUUACCAGUUCGUGGUUUUAUUACCCUUCUGGGAGCUUUAUGUCAAGUUUGCAGCGAGUUUAUUUAACGGCGACGGCAAAGUUGACCAUUAAAUGACAAUUAAAGCAAUGACAGUAUGUCCGUAGAAAGCUAUUACAUCACACACACAACAUUCCGCUGUAUGCCAUGAGUUGGUUCUCUCCCCAGUUCUAUAAACAAGUGAGAAAUUAUCGUUAUCAUUCGUGUAUUAUCCUAAUAAUACACUCAUCACGUCGUUAUGUAUGAAUUGCGAUCUAUAUUUACGUGGCUGGGAAGCACCUUUAUGUUUUAAUAUGAAAUAAAUGGCCUAUUCGAUAACCCCUGUGUAUAUUAAGGUAGACAACGUAUAUGUAUGUAUAUAAGGUGUGUAACUGCUCUGUAUAUUUUAGCUGCGACGAACGGUGCUGGAAGUAACUUUGUCUAGCUGGAAAUGUGUCGUUCCCAGUUGUAACCCCGUUAAACAAACCAAGAACAUAUCAGGGGAUACGCGACAAUACAUGCUCAAACGAAGCUCCUUGAUUGGCCAGACGAAAGUCACAUGCUCUUUCUUUGCUGAUGCGCAGGAGGUUAGAUGGUAAUAUUGACCUAAUCAAUCGUUGAGACGACAGUUUCAAAGUUACACGCUGCUAACAAACAGUCUUGGUCUUUUUUUUUAUUGUGUAACCGAUUUGCAAGACGCCAUUGUAUUUUUAAAUUGGUUAAUCAUUACGGAGAUAUAAAAUGUUAAAAGCACGAGCAAAAUUGCUGCAGACAGCACUUCCGGGCGGCUUCGUACAAAGCAUGGUUUGAGCUUGUGCCGGUUGACCUGGAACUACCACCCCUAACCACACCAGAAACAGCAGCAGCAGCAGCAGCAGCAGCAGCAGCACGAUGCUCAUACGCCUCGUUACGUCGCGGAUGUACAACUUCACGCGUACAAUUUAUAAACUAGGACCUAGGCGGUAAUGACGCGCACGCACGAAUUCUCGCUUUUCUGUUUAGCCAUGCUCCGCUGGCGAUUCCGUGCUCAUUAAAUAGUGAAUGGCCUGUCGCUCGCCAUACUAUAGCAGUGUAAAGGGUGCAGGACAUCUUCACUCUACGCAAACCUGAGAAGCGGAAACAUUUUCGGGUUACCGUUAUCGUUGCGUCAGUUUUCACGUCUUAUCGUUAUAGCCUUGUCGUGUACACGUUCGUGUGUAGCCUAUUAGUGUCUGUGUGGCCACAUGAUGGCGCUGCGUUUGGUAUUGGAGUUGUACUAAAAACGUGCAUUAAUUACUGGAUAUGGCCUAGCAGCGAUGCGACAAACGUAAAAUGGUCACUUCCGGUCAGAUCCUAGGGAGGAAACGUCGCGUCGUGUGCGAUUCGAUCAAGAAUUUCAAAUACGCUGCGGCCUGGGUUUAAUAGGAGAUAAUUCAAUUGAAUUAAAUUUUGUCUACAAAUGACUAUUAUGAAUAUUUUUACAUGUAUAAACAUGAAAUGGUUGAAUAAACAAACAAAAAUCA